ACUGAAAUCACUCAGUUCUCCGCACAACCGCAGAGUGGCGCCAUCUUGUGACGUAGAAACAGCCGGGGACUCCUAGGACUACUACUACAACAAACGGUGCGAGUCCACAAAACGGGCUUUCAUCUCCGUCUGGGAGGCUCGCGGCUGUCGGCGGUCGUGUGACUGCAUAUGCUUUCCUGCGGCACACACCGAGCGAAUACACGGGGAAACGCUCGUCUGGGAAGGCCUUAUGUUCCACGGCUAGGACUAGGAGAAGUAUUGGAAACAUGGGCGUGGAAGUAGAAACAAUAUCUCCCGGUGAUGGAAGCACAUUUCCAAAGAAGGGUCAGACAUGCGUUGUUCACUACAUUGGUAUGCUGCAGAAUGGGAAAAAGUUUGACUCGUCCCGAGACAGAAACAAGCCCUUCAAGUUCAAGAUCGGACGAAAUGAGGUUAUUAAAGGCUGGGAGGAAGGUGUGGCGCAGAUGAGCCUGGGCCAGAGGGUAAAACUCACAUGCACACCGGACAUGGCCUACGGUGCAACGGGCCACCCCGGGGUCAUCCCCCCCAAUGCCACACUCAUUUUUGAUGUGGAACUGCUCAAACUGGAGUGAAAGCACAGCGGCACCUUCCUCGUCCUCCCGCCCUCCCCGCCAUCCCACUCAUCCUCUGUUUUUUAUUAUUUAAAUCUUUCUUCUGUUGCUUUGUGGCCAUCUUUUAACAAGCAUGCUAUUUGGUGUCAAUCAAAGCUGUAUAUUUUGUCACGAGUAAGAAAGAAAAGGUUCACCGUACUACAACCAAAACACACACACACACAGCCUUGCUGUGUUGGCAUAAAAAUAAGCAUAAGCACAUUAAAAAGUCCCAGUAUUUCUGCUCUGCA